GUGACCGGACGCCUCGAAUUAAAAUGCUCGGCUCUAAUAAUCACGAGGGGACGCUACGGAGACGCUCACCGCGGCUGAGUUCUCCUUCGCUUCAAGAGAAUUUAAAAACGGACACAAAAAUGGCGCAGGCUCCGGUGGCAGUUAAACGCUCCAUAAUAGUAAGGAAAAUCGCACCCAGAAAAACAGUAGCACCGUCGGAAAACGACAAGGAAAACAGACCGAGGUCAUCAGUGAUACCGGAGUGUACUCGACAGCAGGAAAGUAAACAGAAGAUUUCCAGCCCUGGUACUACUCUGGACCAUGGCAGCUCCUCGGCCGGGAAGAAGAUGAGAAAGGCCGCUAUGCCUUCACCGAUUCUCCCUUCGUCACCUCCACCAUCGUCUGGUCAACAGCAGACGAGCCAGGAUCCGGAAGACGCGGUGUGGUCGCAGAAAGUUCGCCGUUCUUACAGCAGACUCAGCGAGAAGUCCUUCAACAGCCCCGACCGGAGGGAGACCUUAUUUGGCUUUGAGAAGCUGCAGACGCCCGAGGUGGGGCAGAGAUCCCGGCAUGAAAAGACCUCUCUGGAAGCCUCUGGAUCUUUAUGUGGACUUGCCUCCUUCACGACCCUGCUGGAGGCGGCGGACGAUGGCGGUUCUGUUUUCCCCGAACCCGAUCUGAACAUCCCCGGAGUGACCGUGGUGAAGGAGAAGAAGAGGAGGAAGAAGGUGCAGCAGAUUGACAGCACGGAGCUGAACACUCUGGCUGCAGAGAUGAACGCUGUGUUUGAGGAGGCAGACGCGUUUGAGCUUGUGGUGGAAUAGUGAAAUAAAAAACUUCCAAAACUGGGGAAAAAACUCCAUUCAGAUCUCUGGUGUGUGUCGAACCUAAGAAGCUUCCUGGACAUGUCCUGAUCAUCUUGUUGUAAAUGUUGAUUGUUUGUAUUUUCCUGUUUGGUUGUUCAUAUAAUUGUUUUCCUAUUUUUGGUCAAAUUAAACCAAUUCAAAACCAUUUGAAUUGUGUUAAUCUGUAACUGAUUUCUUGCUCUAUGAAGUAGUAAGUGUAAUUGUUUCAUUAGACGAUGUUGGAUUAUUAGUGUUCAUGUAAAGUAGA